CCCUCCCCUGCUUGCUCGCAUGCACGCUCUCUCCCUCUCUCUCAAAAGUAAACAUUAAAAAAAUUUUUUUUUAGGUAUUAAAUUGUGUAAUAGUGAUUCAGGAAAGGAAUCAUUGCUGACAGCAUCAAAGAAGGCUCUACAAGGAAGGUGGAAUUUGAACUUGAAGAAUGGGUAGGAUUUGAAUGGCAUGGUUAUAACAGCACAAGUCAUGUCAUGAAAAUAGAAAUGGAUGAACAUGAUAGACAGUGAGCAAACAGAUUACUUUGUCUGGUGUGGGGAAACAUGCUAGGGAAAGGUAGGAAGUAAGUUUGAUAGUGUAAGAUAGGGCCAGAUUAUGGAACAUGUAACAGCUAUAGAGUGGAAAUUUGGCUAGAUGACAUAGGUACCAGAGAGUCACAUAUAGCUUAGUGCAUAGGAGUAUUAGAUUUGGAGCCAAAAUGACUCAAAUUCUUCCCCCCCCCCCCAAAUUCUAAUACUGACUCUUCCAUUUACCAGCCAUAUGAUUUAGAGAAGAUCUUCAACCUCUCUGCACCUCAGUUUCUUUAUCUAUAAAAAUGGGGAAAUUUUCAUAGGCUUAUUAUGACAAAAUAAUAAAUAUAAAUAUAUAGUUCUUGCCACAGGGCCUUGGCCCUAGUAAAUGUGCAAUAAAUGUAACUUUCUGUGUUUAAAAAAAAUUUUUUUUAAUGUUUAUUCAUUUUUGAGAGACAGAGAAAGACAGGGUGUGAGUGGGGGCGGGGCACAGAGCAAGGGAGACACAGAAUCCGAAGCAGGCUCCAGGCUCUGAGCUGUCAGCACAUGGCUUGAACCCACAAACUGCAAGAUCAUGACCUGAGCUGAAGUCAGACUCUUAAACCAACUGAGCCACCCAGGCACCCCAAUGUUUGUUUAUUUUUAGGGGAGAGAGAGAGAGAGAGAGAGAGCACGCGCACGCGCCAAGGUGGGGGGAGGGGCAGAAAGAGAGGAAGACACAGGAUUUGAAGCAGGCUCCAGGCUCUAAGCUGUCAGCACAGAGCCUGAUGCGGGGCUCGAUCCCAAGAUCCGUGAGAUCAUGACCUGAGCUAAAGUCAGACACUUAACCGACUGAGCUACCAUGGUGCUCCUAACUUUGUGUUUUUUAAGAACAAAUACUUGAAAGCAAUGGUAUGCAGAAUGAGGAAGACUAGAAAGAAGUUAUAGUUACCGCACAGACAUGUUAAGGGUCUCUGUUAGGGUUAUGGUAGUAAGAUAGGGUACAUUUGAGGGUCGUGAAAAGAAAUUGGACUUGAAUUCUUUAGAAGAAAAUGUUUUGGGCUUCCCCAGUGAUCUUUUAUUAAAUAGUUGUAAUUCUUCUGUGGACUGUAUAGAUACUUGGGCAAGGUGAAUUUGACUUUUUAAUUUAGUUAAGGUAUUUGAAACUCCCUAAGAGUUCCACGUUUAUAUUAUAGAAGAGGAUAUCAGAAAUUUUAUCGGAAUUAUCCACUUUCCAAGAACAUUUGUGAUAAUAGUGGUGAGACUGGUAUGUUUGGUUCCUUGUUUUUGAUGUCUUGGCAAAUUAAUUGGUACAUGUGUGUUCUUGGAACAAUGUAAAUUUUAGUUUCUAGUUUAGUCCUUAAAGAGAAAAAAUUUUCCUUUAUCGAGAAGGCUAGAAUCUGAAGGAAGGUACUGACACAGAAGUUUCCCUUAGACAUCAAGAUUACCUUUAUGGUUAGCUACUUUGAGCAGUAGUUUCUUAUUCUUUAGUUAUUUUAAUAUGGAAAAUGCCAGGGAAUUGCUAAAUGAUAUGAAUUAGAGAGCUCGUGAAUUUUUGGUUUAAGUCAGGAGAUGAUAGGAUGAGACUGGACUUACCGGCUGGCUAGCUAGCUAAGCUAGCAGACUUUAAAAUCAAAAAGUUUCACAUUUAGUUCUUUUCAUAUGAAACCUAAUGAAUGCUACUCUAUGAAACAUCAGUGAGGUUCCUCUAUAAAUCUGUUUUAAGCCAGUCUUUUAAUUGGGGUUAGAAAGAAGAGCUGUCUUUAAAAUGGGCAUGUCUGUACAGCUCCUUUUCCAUCUUAUAAGAAGACUGAGGUUAUAGAUAUGAAAUGCUUUGAACUCCAAAUUAAGAAAGGACUACUUAGGGGCGCCUGGGUGGCUCAAUCGGUCAAGUGUCCCAGGUCAUGAUCUCAUACCCUGUGAGUUCCAACCCCACAUGGGGCUCUGUGCUGACAGCUCAGAGCCUGGAGCCUGCUUUGGAUUCUGUCUCUCUCAAAUAUAAACAAACAUUGAAAAAGAAAGGGCUACGUAAAUUGCAAAUACCUUUUGUUGUUUUUUAAAAACUAUAGUACUACUUUGGGGAACUAAGUGGGAUUGUAGAGUAUGAUGUAAAUAUUUAACAUUAGUUGCAAGAAUUCUGUGGAGAAAAAUGACAAUAUAGGUAAUAGCUUACUUUCCCUGAUCCCCAUUUUCUUUUUCUUUUUUCUUUCUUUUUUAAAAAGAUGUUUUAUGGUUUUUUUUAAGUUUAUUUAUUUAUUUUGAGAGACAGAGCAAGUGGGGGAGGGUCAGAGAGAGUUCCAAGCAGGCUCCAUGCUUCAGCACAGAGCCUGACGGAGGGCUAGAACUCACAAACCACGAGUUCAUGACCUGAGCUGAAACCAAGAGUUGGACACCCAACCGACUGAGCCACCCAGUUGCCCCAAUGUUUUAUUUAUUUUUGAGAGACAGAGCACGAGUGGGGAGGGACAGAGAGAGGGGGACAGAGGAUCUGAAGUGGGUUCUGCACUGACAGCAGAGGGCCCCAUGCGGGGUUCGAACUCCCCACCCGUGAGAUCUCAUGACCGUGAGAUCAUGACUUGAGCGAAAUCAAGAGUUGGACACUUAACUGACUGAGCCACCCAGGUUCCCCUCUAUUUUACUUUUAUUUAAUUUUUUAAUGUUUAUUUGUUUUUGAGAGACAGAGAGAGAGAGAGAGAGCCAGAACGUUAACGGGGGAGGGCAGAGAGGGAGGGAGACACAGAAUCUGAAGUAGGCUCCAGGCUCUGAGCAAGCGGCGUAGAGCCUGACGUGGGGCUCGACCUCAGGAGCCAUGAGAUCAUGACCUGAGCCAAAGUUGGACACUUAACCGACUGAGCCACCCAGGCGCCCCUAUUUUUCUUAAAUGAGUCCCAUGCACUGCUCCACCACUACACCUAAGAAAAUAUUCUACAAUCUUUGACAUAUUCCAUCCCAGCUGUGUUAUGCCCCUAACGUUGGCAUUAGUGAUUGAAGUGUUGAUGCAGCCUGCCAGUUAUGCAGCGACCUGGCGGUUGCUGAGAGUUUUUUCUGAGAUUUGGCAUAUGGCUUGAACAAGACUUAGAUACUUGUUGCCUGAUUGUAAUGAAACCUGCUAAAGGAAUGGUUAGCUUGGAUUUAAUUGGAUGUAGAUGUUUUAUAUCUGAACUGGAUUCGAGCCAACUGUGUGUUUUGGUGUGUGUGUGUGUUUGCAGGUUAUUUGAUGUAUUCCUUCUCCUACCCCCACCAAUUUCGAGAUUACUACCUUCCCGAUAUGCCCCCUCCCCUCUUAAUUUCUGCGUCACAGGAAGCAGGAGUUUCAGACAGGGUGGAUUGAUGUUUGCAGCUGAUCUAAUAUGCAACCUAAAUCUAUCCACGGUGUGAAGUUGAUUAGCCUGAGAAAAGAAGGGCGAGGCAGAGGCCCCAGGAGCAUCUUUUUACUGUCGGGUGUCAUCUGGUGGCUAUUGCUGUGGAAGUCUGAGGCACUCUGGGAGUUAUUGCCUGGAUAGGGGCCACUCUAGCACCCAGGCAGAGAGUGGGCUGGGGAGCGAUAGAAGGGGCGCAGCAUCACUUGGCCCAGCUGUGGUAUGCUUGCCUCCCGGCUUUGGGGUGGUAGUCAGGAGAGAUGGGGCAGCUCUAACAAAGAGGAGCCGCGCAGGGGCCGGGGCCGCGGGUAGCUGGCCUAUCCCCGGCGGCUGACCUCCCAGUGGGCCUCCCCAGUUGGCUGCUUGGCGGGUCGCUCUCCUGGCUCCCUGGCUUGCCAUUGGCUGUGCGGGCAGGAGGGGGUUUGCGGAGGGCCGGGAUGGAGUUGAGGGGGCGGGGCUGGCUUCCGGCAGCAAAGGGUAGCUAGCGGCUGCCGGCUGGGGGAGGGGGUGUCGGCGCACCGCGGAGUGCUGUGCUCCAAGAGCCUGGCACUCGGAGCUGCCACCUCCCCCUCCCCCAGCCAAGACAGCUGUAAGCCCCUUCUCAUCCCUCCUGCCCGGGCGGGGCGAGGAGGGUUCAGCUGCCCCAGGCGGGCGGGGCGGAGCCUGGAGCCCCACCGAGCGAGCGCUGCGGAGCGAUCCUCACCUCCCUUCAAGGGCUCAAGUGUGAGUGACUGCCUCAUGUUGUGUUGAUGCCAGUCUGCCAUGCUAGCCUGUCUACCAGGGCCAGGUGACCUGUCCUUUCAGCUUCUUCCUCACACGCAGAUGAACACUGGACUUCAGAAAUGGGACACUACACAGAAAAUGAGAGCUGCUCACUAUCCUACCCCAGCCGAAUUGGACGCGUAUGCUAAGAAGGUCGCAAACAACCCACUGACUAUAAAAAUCUUCCCCAACAGUGUGAAGGUUCCCCAGCGGAAACACGUUCGUCGUACUGUGAACGGCCUCGACACAUCAGCCCAGCGCUACAGCCCCUACCCGACUCAGGCAGCCACCAAGGCAGGCCUGCUUGCCAUUGUCAAAGUGCCAGCCAAAAGCAUACUCAAGGACUUUGACGGCACCCGAGCCCGAUUGCUCCCUGAGGCCAUCAUGAACCCCCCAGUGGCGCCCUAUGCUACUGUGGCACCCAGCACUUUAGCCCACCCCCAGGCCCAGGCUCUGGCCCGCCAGCAGGCCCUGCAGCAUGCACAGACCCUGGCCCAUGCCCCUCCCCAGACGCUGCAGCACCCUCAGGGUAUCCCGCCACCCCAGGCGCUGUCCCACCCUCAGAGCCUCCAGCAGCCUCAGGGCCUGGGCCACCCUCAGCCCAUGGCCCAAACCCAGGGCUUGGUCCACCCUCAGGCCCUGUCUCACCAGGGUCUCCAGCACCCCCCCAAUCCCUUGCUGCAUGGAGGCCGGAAGAUGCCAGACUCAGAUGCCCCCCCGAAUGUGACCGUGUCUACCUCAACUAUCCCCCUUUCAAUGGCGGCCACCCUGCAGCACAGCCAGCCCCCGGACCUGAGCAGCAUCGUGCACCAGAUCAACCAGUUUUGCCAGACGAGGGCAGGCAUCAGCACUACCUCAGUGUGUGAGGGCCAGAUCGCCAACCCCAGCCCCAUUAGUCGCAGUCUGCUCAUCAAUGCAAGCACCCGGGUGUCGACCCACAGCGUCCCCACGCCAAUGCCUUCAUGUGUGGUCAAUCCCAUGGAGCACACCCACGCGGCCACAGCUGCGUUGCCUGCCGCAGGCCCUGUCAACCUGCCCACGGGCAUUUCUCGAGCCCCUGCUGGCUACCCUAGCGACCUCAAGCCAGUCGCCUGGAACCAGCACCAGCUGGCCCACCUACAGCAGAUGUGCAGUGAGGCCGGUGGGACGCCGGCCCCUGGCCUGACAGGCAAGCACGCAGCAGGACGCGAGUUGGCAGGGCCUGGCUUUGUGGGCAAGGCCCCUGCCUACCCGCAGGAACUCUGCCUGGCACAGUCCUUCCAUCUGAAGCCACCCCUGGAGAAGCCAACCCCAUCCCCACCUGUCAACGGCCUGGCGGCCCCACUGGCCUACCCCAAUGGUCACUACUUCCAACCCCUGUGGAACAACAUUCUGCCCACUCCCAAUAGCGACAGCUCGGGGUCUCAGGACCUCGCCAUGCCGUUCCACGGUGGGCAGCCCACGGGUGCACCCCUUGACUGUGGGACGGCUGCUGGGGCCCACUACCGAGCAGGGGCCGGGGGCGGUCCAGUGGCAACCCAGAACAGCUUGAUGCAAACAGUGGAUUACCUAAGCGGGGAUUUCCAGCAGGCCUGCUUUCGAGAACAGAGCCUGGCUAUGCUGAGCAAGGCCCACCGAGCCCCUGGCAACCGAGCCCCUGAUCCCGCAGAUAGUCGAAAUCUUCAUAUUCAGCACCCUGGGUAUAGAUAGGUAGCCCCGGUGCCCUCCACAAGCUACACGUCAUACAUCACCCUCCUAGGUUUAGACUUACUUUUGAGUAAUUGGAUAGUUUCAGAGUUUCGCUGCUCCAAUGUGAUCAUUCUUAGAGGUCUAAGAAAGGGAAUUUGGUGGGAUCUAUUUGAGGACAGCGGGGGAUCCCCUGGUGCCCUCACCCUCCCCUCCACCAUCACCCUCCCCCAGCAACUUCUGGGUUUAUGUUAGGACCUAAUCCCAACUCCAAGCUUUUGUCUCUACUGCCUAUCAGUCCCUCCACCUUGACCAUUUCCCCCCAGCCACCUCCUGCCUUUUCUUGCAUCUCUGCCCGUUUUCCUUAGGACUGAGGUGUGGGGUAAGGAAGGGCCCUAGGUGAGGUGGCCGUAGGUACCCAGCCCCUUAAGCUAGGACUUUCCCUGUCUGCCUCUGUCUCUUUGGGACUAAGAACCCAGACUUCCCAAGUGCUCUGGAAGUUAAUUCCUUCUUCACCCAAAGAUCUCAAAACUGACCCAAUCUUCACCUCCUCCCACCCCUCUCCAUUCCUCAGGGCUUUGUUUAAAUCUGGAUUCCAGAGUCACUGCAUUUGCCCUUGCUACAUUCAAGGGCACCCUGUAGGCACUUGGCCAUAGCCUUGAGACCUGGGGGAAAAAUGCGUCUUUGUGUUGGUAUCUUAGUUCCUGACACCCCUUUCCAGCCCUAGAGAAAGGUAGUAACUGUCCAGCACACCCAAGAUCCCUUUCUCACUGUUGUCUCUCUCCCAACUCACCUGCUGCUCCCAUCCCCCACACCCCUCCAAAAACACAAGCAAAACAAAAUAGGAUCUUGAGGAAUUAGGUAGGUAAAGAAAGGAUGAUCACAUUGGAGUUCGGAAUUAAAAACACCAAAAAAAAAAAAAAAAAAAAAGUUAAAAUGCAUUUGGUUCUCUACACUGGCUAAGAAUAUUGCUCUACACUGUAAGUUUUAAAUGUCCUGUUUCUGUAUGAAUGUAGUGUGGGUUUGAGUAGCGUUGUGUGAGCGGCCCCACAGGUACAUUCACCCUCUAGUCACCUCCUUUUGCAGCCCCUCAGUAUAAUGAAGAAAGAAAGAAAAAAAAAAAAAAACACAAAGCCUUAAGCUCUGAAUUCUUCCUUUACCAAAUGAGCAUGGUUCUAACAGCUGGAGGCGGACCUACAUUGGAAGCAGCCCCUCCUGCCCGCGCCCAUCUGUCACGUGCCCAUCCUCCACCCCACGCUCAACGUGUUUCAUUCCCAAGUGGCAAUUAGUUGGCUAGAAAUUUAAAACUUUUCUGUAACUUUAAAUUUAGAUCAUGUUUUGUAAUUUUUUGCACCCUUCUGUUAAAGUUGGGCUCUGCCUUUUUUUUUUUUUUUUUUUUAAACCAAAUAAGCCCUUACCUUUCCUCUUGUCUCUGGGGAAUGUGAGCUGAUGUUCUUAUUUAAGAUUUGGGGUUUUGUUUACUAUACUAUCCACUGUUCUUUAGCCAGAAAUUCUCUAGUGAUCUGAAGCAAUGUGACUGAAGACCAGUUUUUAAAUUAUGUGUUGGCAAGUUGCCUUAUAUUUAAAAAGAGAAAAAAAAAAGAAAAAGAAAAAAAAAUGCCUGAUUGUGUUAUGCCAAAUGAUAGCAACAUGAAGUCCUAAUUUAUUUUCCUGCCGUCUGUGAACACUGGUACCUCCCUGUCCCUGAGCCCUCAGGAGCACCUGCAGCUUCUGGCGCAGCGCCUUCUCCCAAGGCUUCACCGCCACCGUCUCACCCAGGGUCCCUUCCGGUUCUCACUUUCUCUGAGAGAACCCCACCGUCCCCCCUUAUCCCUUGCUUGAUCUCCAAACCAGAUAUUUUUGCUGUGAGUUUUUCCAAUGCCUCUCCCCAAAAGGUGAGCUGCUAUCUUAGGAAAUGGGACCGGACACCAACUUGGGGGCUUUAAAUCAAACCUCAAACCCUCAAAUCUCUUCCUGUGUAGGGGUGCAAAUCUCUGAAGCUCUCACUCCCACCCCUAGUCUGCAUGGAAAAAUGUACUGUGGCCCCUCUUCCCCCCCACCCCCCACUGCCCUUGCCUUUGGUGUGAGAUGUUUCCUAGUUCACCCUGAGCCUCUCUCCCCCCUCUGCCAGCCACCCCCCAACCAGCAAUAAGGGUCCAAGCCAGGGCCUCCUAUCCACACUCCCUGCCUCCAUCCCACGCUGCCCCUAGGGAAUACCCCGGAUUCCCUACACUGUCCACAUACUGUAGCAUUCAUUCUCCAUCUCCCUCAUCUGCUCACCUGUGGUGGUUUAUGGGUGUGAUGGGGUUUUUAAGAUUAUUAUAAACCAGUAAAAAGAAAAAACUCACCAGAA